AUGGCCAUAUGGCCCUUUGGCCGCCGUAGGAAGCGGCCCCGAAAGGCUGCGGAUAACGAGGCUUUUUCGGGUUCUGCAGCACCUGCUGGCGGUGAUGCUCUGGUACAUGUACUCUCUCGUGGCUUUGGCGGCCAUGGCUCCCAUCAACAUCAACCUAAUUCCCAUAGUUCCAUCUCGGGCUCUGGAAAAGCUACCAGGAGAGGCAGCAAGCGGAGGAAACGAAAUAAUAUCCCCCCUACAACAGCUUAUGAUCUACACCACCGUAACGACAACGACACUGUCCGUCUGACUGAUUUACCUCCCGGUGCCAUGUCCAUCGCUUCCGCUCGCUUCCAUCGUCAACCUGCUUCGGUUGAUUCUUCUCUCUCGAGGAACUUUGCCUUAUCGCCCUCCAACUAUCACUACUCCCCAAGCACCGCCUCGCAGACGAGCCUUGGACAAGCUGCUCCAACACUACACGGUCGCCGGACCAGCACCGAAGCUACCAUAUUCAAACUGAAACCUUCAAAAUGCAGACGGAAUGAUUAUUCGAGGGAGUUGGAAAUUAAAAAUAUGACCAGCCACGUGACUGUCCUACGACGACCUUCUAUUGUGUCCCCUCCCAUGCAGUGGUGGGAGUCCAACAAGCGAGGGACGAGAAACAUAAAAACUGCUCAUGGGCCGGUAUCUUCCCAAGUCUCUCUACACGUUGAUUCGGGUCGAAGCUCCCCCUUUGAUAUGGAGUCAUGUGCAUUCAAAAUCAGCUCUUUCGCGGCUUUGACACCGCGGCCAAUUCUGAGAUAUGCGGAACAACCGCGGUACGGACUGGAGACAAGGGGUCAUUCUCGAGCAUCCACAAAGAAAGACUGGAGACAGGUUAUCCCGGCGGAAGAUCUUACACGUAUAUCCCGCAUCCACGAUCUAGCAGAUGAUAUGGAUGCUAGUGCUUUGAAAGAGCUGAUGGAAAGAGAUCGCCGACGAAAGGAAAUGAAGCGGCUAGCUGACCAACAGAAGCUUCAGAGAAAACUACAAAGAAGAGCAGACUUCCAGCGUGAACAUGAACGACGCAAUCCUCCAGUACCAUCGCAACUUGCAACUUCAGGAGAUGGCGUUGGGCUCCCUGCUAGUCGUGUACAUGGUGCUACCGAAAAGAUUGGUGUGACUCUUUCAAGCCGUAUUGCAAAUGCCGUGAAGGCCACUGCUUCUUCAGAGUCAUGGCUACGAGACCCAUCCAAGGAAAGUCUACACGAUACACCCUCUCGUCCGAAGGACCAAACCUUGUCAAGGGUAAAUGGAAGUUCUGCUGUAUGUUGCUCGCCGCGAGGGCGUUCAAGUAACAUCAGCCGCGAUAUUAGCAUGUCGGGGAUGAGUUGUCAGCAUUCUAUUGAGCUAAGCCACGGGGCCAAAGCCGCGGACAAACUAGGUGCUUCUCAGGCCCCAGAGACCGCACGAGGAUCGGCAGGAGAUAUGCCUACACAGAAUUCUGAACUCGAGAAGGGUCAUUCCGAUAGCGCUGGAAAGCUUUCAACCUCGUGGACUGCCUUCUUCCGACGGGGGGGUUCUCGAUUUCGACGGCCAAAUGCGGAGCGGACAAAGACACCAUCAGAGUUUUCAAUCCCAUCCAGAGAAUCGUUUCAAAGAAUCAACCAGCAGCCAGCAUCAGCGCAACCCAUUCCGAUUCCGGACCGAAGCUACUUGCGCCCCAAAAUGCCUCCUCGAUCCCAGUCCAAAUUUACAGAACAUUUUACCGAGCCAAUUACUAAAUUCCCACCUCCUCCCGGGCGCGAUUUCCAAUCGUCAAGCGACCCUCAGCUUUCGUCUGCCGCUGUUGGAUUACCCAUUGCGGGUAUUACUGCUAAUAAUGAGCAUUACAACGUGGACAGGGAUUCUGCCGUUGUUACGUUUGAACAGUGUGACUGCAACCGUUCAUCUGGGGCCGGCAGCCCAGAAACCAAUGCUGAGAGCAUCUUUCUCGCCCACUCACUCGCCUCUAUAAACUCUGAGGGUUCGUGGCUUUCCGGGAGACCCUCCCGGCGCCUCUCUCAGCCCCCGAAGAAUUCAAGCAGCGCGAAUUCCACUAAAGAGAUUCUAGACGAGUAUGAAGAAUACAAGUAUAGGGUUGAUAACGAUUAUGACCCUCAACCACCUAUCCCUUUAGAGGAAGCCGUCAAUGAGAACGAAACGCUUCAUGCCAGCGUCGGAAAACGCGCUCUUCUCGUCCGCCCAGACCACCGGCAAUUCUCCAACAAGGACAAUAUCAUCGUCGACGACAACCACAAGCACCUUUACAUGGAAACAGAAGGAGGAGACAACAUGCUCGCCACAUUAGUUCCGGAAGUGCAAAGCUUUUGGAGAUUCCACGGCGGCCGUCGGAGGCUAAGCGGCUUAGUGUUGAUUCUGCAGGGAGUGGUGCGUUGCCCAAAGACGCGUAACGCUGUGGUUGGGUUGAGUGAGCAGUGGUGGAAGGAGAGAAGUGUGGGAUGGAAGGAGCUGAUGGUGGAGAUGAUUGAUGACAACGACGAAGAAGCAUUGAAGGAGGAGAAGAAGAAGAUCUUCUCGAACUGA